UCAAACAUGGCAAAUCUGGCUCGAUUUUGAGUUUUGACCCUGAUUAUCAUAAAAUAUAACAGCAAUAUGGUGGUUUAAACAAUCAAAUCAAUAUGGAAUUCAGUUUUAAUAUAAAUUAUCUCCUUGCUGAUACGAUUACUAAGUUAGAUUGUAAUGUGUCUCCUGCAAGAAGAAAUGCUGAAGGGUACAAUCACCAUACGUUGCGGUCUCAAUUACUUGAAGUUAUUGACCGAAUGGGAGAGGCAUCAUCCAAGGCACAGGGUCUGUACAAUGUGAUCACCACUGGCAGAAAACUGCAACUAUCAGAACAUCAUCUCUAUAUUAUGAAAGAUGCCAACGGAAAUGGAGGGAAAGGUGCAGUCGUCGGUAUUUUAAAGAUCGGACCUAAAAAGUUGUUUGUGUACAGUCACCAUGGGGCGGUGCACGAGAUGGAGCCCAUGUGUGUGCUUGAUUUCUACGUGCACGAGUCCAGACAGCGUAUGGGGUGUGGCCGUAAACUGUUUGAUUUUAUGAUACAGGACAUUGGCGUUACCCCGGUCCACCUCGCUAUCGACAGGCCAUCAUUCAAGUUCAGCCAAUUCUUGAGCAAGCAUUACAACCUUCGAGCAGAGAUCCCUCAAGUCAACAACUUUGUUGUGUUUGAAGGAUUCUUUAGUAAUAGACCAGAAACUGGCGGCAAGAAAAGGCCAGGUCAAGGACGACCCCCAGUUGGCCGGAGAAGAGACCCAUGGGUGCAUUAUAAUGAUCUCCAAGAGAAUGUAUUUGAUGAUGGGUACCAGCGCUCCAACACUUACGCAGCGUACAAUGGACGACCACCUCUUCCACCGACCAAUCAGAACACAGGACAGGGAUCAUCCCACUUUGUGACCAAUCACAGUGGAGGUCAAGGGACAACUAGUCAUUUAAAUGGUCACGGUAGUCGACCACCGUCAGGAUCAUCUGUUAAAACAAGGAGCGCCAGUGUUUUGUCUACAGCAAGGAGAGAAGUGGGCGAGUACAGCCGGAAUGGGCAACUAAAGCCACUAGCCAUUGAGGACAUUGACGUGAGAAGUGAUUCUAGAAAUGUGACUGCCCAGGAACUAAUAAACAAGGGACACCAAAUGUACAGUCGCCAUAGAAACACGGGGGAUACUCCCAUUGGCUCAAUACAGGGAUCACGACCUUCAAGUGGAAGUGUGCCUAUAAAUAGAGACAUUACAUUGAAUGGUGUACCAAAUAGAAAUAAUAAUUCAGAGUAUAAAGAAUCAUCUUUAAAACGAACUGCAUCUGCUAACGAUGCUUAUAAUUUAAAUUUACAUCAAGAAUACCAAGGUCGGCGAGGACAUUUACGGACAAGAAAUGUUGAUGAACAUAUAAGAAACCCAUUCCUUGCCCCUGGAGAAGAUCUUCCAAAAACCGUGUUACCAUGGAAACCAUCUAUUUAUGAGGACCAGAAGACCUGGACAGUCUUCGACAAGGAACCAAGCUACCUUUCAAUAGCAUCUAGAAACUACACACAUACCAGGCUUUGGUGACCAAUGGCCUUUUGUAAGGGCAAGCAAGCCUUUCUUGUCUGUAUGGCCAAUAUGUUUUGAUAGGUUAUACUUUUGUACUGUCUUUGACUUUGUAUGAUUCUUUUGUCAAUGUUUCAAAGUGGCUGUAAAAUAGAAAUCAAUUUAAAGUUGUAAUAUGUAAAUUAAUGAUAAAUCAUUCAGUCUACACAAUUCAAAUUGCUAGAAGACAUUUGGAAUCGGCCAUUUUACUGACAUUGGGAAUUCCAGUUUUGACUGGAAACAAAAAAAUGAUAACAUAAUAAGAAUACAUUUCAAGAAAUUGAUUUUUUUCUUUUACUGCAACACAUAUAUAUGGGUAAGCAGAUGAUAGUCACUGAUUACAAUUAGAGAUUCAGUUUUGUUGGUAUUUCUGUGUGAAUUUAUAACUGAAUUAUAUCAAUAUUAUUAUAUAAAUUCUAGUACCUGCGUUCUUUAUCAAGUACUGAAUUUUCCGAAAAUAUUAUUUUAAGUAAACAUCUUAUUUGUUUUCACAAAGUGUAUGAAAUGUUGCAUAUGGCUUGAUUUAAGUGUAUGUGAAAGGAUAUUUUAAAACUGAUCUGUGAUAAAAAAAUUUAUUCACCUGUGAUUUUUUACGGCCAGGGAACUAUAAGGACUUUAGCUGAUUUGUUUUUUUUUGAAGAAAAAUGUUUUGAUAGUCUCGUUGUCAGUGCCAUGCAAACCCUUCAACAUUGGUCAUUCAAAAAAUCGGCAAAAGAAACAUUGGGAACAUGUUGCCGAAGACAAAACACACUAGGAAAGAAAGGCCCAUAACUCUUGCUAUAAUUAUUAUCAUGUUAUGCUCCUUGUUCAAACAGAGAAAAAAAAAGACAAACAUUGGCAUUCGCUCAAUGGUACUCUUGUAAGAAAACAGCAACAGACAAGCAUGACAUUUGCUGUGCUCUUGUUAGAAAAAAUCCUGUUAUUUUUUUUAGAUAUUUAUAUAGGCUUUAAACAAAUGAAGGAAACUUUCUAGUUAUCAUUUCCUUCAUAGAGAAGUGGCCAUGUCUGACGUUCUUAGUUCAUCUAUGAGGCCAUGGAUAAAGGAGUAAAAAUGUGUAUCUCUGAAGGAAAGGACAUUUUGUUAUUUAGUCAAGUAUCUUUGUUAGCUCUGAUGAAUGCAAAUGAAGGCUCUUUAAUUAUUUGUAAACUAUUUAUUAAUAAAUAUGUAAUAGUUUAGUUAGAAAGUAUUUCACUUGUUAAUUAUUUGGACCUUCCAUGCAUUUUUUUAGAAUGUCUUUCAGGUUUUUGAUCAAGCAUUCCAAGUUAGGAGUAUUUUACCCAGUAGUUACAUGUAGGUUGUAGAAAGCCAUGUCAAAAUAUUUAGGUAGAAAUUCCAAUACAUUCAACUUGGAAGGUAUGAACAAUCUGAGAAGCAGCCCAUGAAGUAACAUUUUUAAGGCCAAUAUCUGUAUUAUGCAGUUAUACUUAGAAUAGUUUAUUUUUGUCAAUUAACUUUAGAAAAUUUUAAUGCUGUGAGGUCCUUGUUUCGAUAACAGAACAGAAAAAAAGUUAAUUGGGACUUAAUGCAACAAAGCAUCUUGUCAUAGAUAUAAACAUGUGUACAACAAGUGAACUUUAACAAAAUAUCAUUCAAGCAAUCAUCUUAAAAUGUAGUCAAUAUUUAUGACAUGGCCAUCUUGUCAUGUGACCACAAUUAAGUUUUAUUAUAAUUUAUUUCCGGGCAAAAAAGGGUCCCUAACUAGUAUAUAUACUAGUAUUAAAUGUAGAUUUUUAAUAAGAAUUAAUUGUACUGCCUCAUGUAUGUGUAGAUUUAAGCGUUUUUACUGCCAGAUAUAUUUUUGAUUAUAUUGUAUACUUUAGCAUAUAUAUGUAUAUGUAAAUCAUAGACUUUGUACCUAUCCUACAAAUCACUCCAUAAACAGUUUAUUUUAGCCAGUAAGAAGUAAACAGAGUAAACAGAUAAACGUAUUUGAAUACCUUCUCCACAUGGUUAUGUGUAUUAUUGCACUUAUAUAAAUAAUUUUACUGUGAAAUUAUUAUUCUAUGGUAUACAUGUAGUUAUGCACCAGUCAAUUGUAACCACGGCACCCCCCAGGUCCGGGGGUAAUACCAGGGAUAGCUGGGGAAAUGGGCCGUGUUUUUACCUUUCAGGUGGCCCCGCAAUGCUGGGUGAAUGCGGUGUUUUUGUCUUUCGCGCAAGAGUUAGCGGGAAAUGGGCCUUACCUAGGGUCCCUGGGGUGCGGGGGCAUUUGGCAGGGAUUUUACCAUCAGUUCAUCUCUGUAGGGCGGGGAUUUUACCCGGGGUUGGCUGGACCAAAAGUCAAUGUCCACGCUAUUCCCUGGACCUGUGGGGGGGAGGGCGUGGUUACAAUUGACUGGUGCAUUACUGUUCUGUUGCAAGUGUGAAAAUUUCAAUUAUUAAUUUGUAACACUAAGCAUGUUUUUCCAUGUUUGUCUUGAAGUGUUUUCAUUGUGUAUAUUAAAGUAAAAGAUGUUAUUUUAUCAUUAGAUUUGUAUGUCAUAAGACUUGUAUGUCAUAAGACUGGGACGCAUAUAUUUAUCAUAUUUCGUAAACAAAAAUUGUCCGCAAUUGUGCCAGAUUUUUUGAAAUUUAUCCAAAAUUGUUAUUUUGAUACAGUUAAAGAAUGUUUUUUUGUGUGUUCAAAGCAAUGCAAAAGAUUUGGAUAUUGUUGUACAUUAAAUUUUGGUAUAUUUAUCUACAUCAAAUCUGUGUAAAAAUGCUUACUUUUGGAAUGCUUGCUUUUCCAAACAUAGCGCUAAACAUAUGUCAACUACAGUCUAUUAUCAUCAUUAUAAGUAACGGAUUAAUCCUGGUGAGAUCUUAAAACUACAGAUUAUUGUACACUUGUUAAGAUUGUUUUUUCUCUGCUAUUUGCAUCAGUAAUAAGUACAUUAAAAUGAAUAAAAAUGACUAAGGAAACAUUUUCAUAACGGGAUCAUAGCCCCUUUACCCCAUUCUCAUUCAUCAGAGGUUCGAUCGUGAUAAAAUCUAGUGGUACGUCACUCAGGUGAAAUGUACGUCACUCAGGUGAAAGGUACGUCACUUGGGUGAAAGGUAUGUAACUCUGGAUAACGAGAAUGCUUUACCCAGCUUUGGACAUAAAUCACUCAUACACAAACACUGAUGCUUGUAAUUUUUCAGGAUUGACGAUAAUCAGCUGUGUCAGGACCAGUAUAUGUGAAUGUCUGGCAAAAAGUUAUUGUUAAAAUGUCUACAGGUGUCACCCCCAAUUAAGGUCUACUUAUUUAUGUAGACCUGAUAUUUUCAAUUAUUACAUUUGUGCCAGCAAAUCAAAUUUACAUCAUGAUAGUCUUCUUUAUAUAAUAUAAUCAUCAUCAUCGAAAUAUUUAAUUAUGCGUGUAUAUCAGACAUGAACAAGUUUUAGUGUAGCUAAGUGCUUUUGGUUUGCAAUAUUAGUAUUUGAUUUGAUGCAAUUUUUCAUAUUUUUGUAUUAUUCUCAUUAAAUUACAAUAAGUGUACUUCACAUUGAAUUAUAAUAACAGCAGCUUGAGACUUAUACUUGUGUUUUGCACUACAGUUGAGCCGCAUUGGGUCGAACUCACUUGGCUUGAAUUCCUUAUUGGCUCAAAUUGAAUGUUAAGGAAUAAUCUUUAUACGCUUAAUGUAAUUAUUCCCGCUUGGCUUGAAUUAUCCAAGGCUCGAGGUAUUUUUGCCAGUUCCUGGGAGUUUAAACCAAUGGGAUUCGACUGUAUUUGUUUUUGCACUGAAAAUACUUCUAAAUUGCAUUUGUAAACAAAUUUUCUCCAGUCCUUUCUUCGAUGAAUUAUGGUUCACAAUUAGUUGUUUUCCAUCAUUUAUGUUCAUGUACUUCUGUAUAAAAACAAUUCUUUUCUAUUCUGUAAUUGGAAGUGUAAGACAAAAGAUGUAUCAUGGUAUUUAUCACAUUUUAAGUAGGAACGAUGUGUGUGUGUAAUAAUAUUUUAAAUAUUCUUUAAGAAAUAGUUGCGGCACUCACAACCAGAGAUUUUUGAGAUUAUUAUUGAGCACAGUGUGGUAAAUAACUUCAUUAACUAGUUUGCGGGUGAUGUUACUCAAAGGUCAGCGUGUGGUUUAAAGGUAUAGCAUUGUACUAUCUGCAUGGUAUUUAUAGAAUGAUUUAGGCCCAUUCUACAUGUUAAUGUUUCAAUAUGGGAGUUAAUGUGUUGACAAAAGGAAGAAAAACAGCCUCAAACAUAGUUAAAAAAGAAUGCAAGGUCUGUUUUCAUGUUGUUUUUUCUGGUUUCAGCCGAGUUGUUGAGAACUAAUUUUCAUGACACCAUUUUUUAAAUAUUGAAAAAGAUUGCAAAUAUCGAACCUCACAAAAUCUAAGCAACUGUUAGUGUACUUUUGUUAAGAAUAACGUACGGUAGCAUUUUGUAUUUUAUUCAAGUAUUGGUUAGACCUAUUUGAGUGGAUAUAUAGAGAGAGUAAAGCAGGUUUGUCUUGAAUUAUUUCAUCAUAAAUAAUAUUAUUUAAUCAUUAAUUGCUAGUCUGUCAGUGAUCAUUUGUUACAAUGUGUUGGAAAUGUUGAAAUAUUUGUUUGAAUAAUUGUGCCUUAAAGCUGCACUCUCACAGAUUGAACGUUUUUUUUUCUUGGAACUAUCCAAUGUAUGUGAAAAUGCAGAUAAACAAAAAAUUAGUCACAUAUUUUUCUAUUUACUGUAAGUUCAAAAACUGAUGUUUUGUGCAUUUUUCUUAAACUGUUAGUAACGCUUUAAGCCAUAAAACAUUAGUUUUCGAUCUGAAAUAUGAAAAUCUGCCAUCUAAUAUUUUUUCAGCAGUCUUUUAUCAAAGUAAAAAUUUGCUCUUUCCAAGACAAAAAAUAAAAAAAGUUUUAAAAACGGUAUAUCUGUGAGAGUGCAGCUUUAAAUGUUAAAUUUGACAACAGCACUGUUAGGAUAAUGCUUAAUGAUUUAAUACAUGCAUUGCACAGAUAAUUAUACAGUCGAACCCCAUUGGUUCGAACUCGCUUGGCGCGAUUUCCUCGUUGGCUCGAACUGGUUGUAAAGGACCGACUGUUUCUAAUUAAUGUAAGCAUAACUGCUUGGCUCGAAUUUCCCGAGGCUCGAUGUAUUUUCGCCGGUCCCUGGUGGUUCCAGCCAACGGGGUUUGACUGUAAAGCAUAAUUAUUAUUUAUUUUUUAUUCAAUUAAUUAUAAGAAUGUACAUGCAUGUUUUAUUUAUUUGAAUAAAUUAUCAUAAAAUGGAA